AUGGAUUCAGACGAGUUUAUGAAUCCAUAUCUUCCCUCCUCUAGCUAUAUGAACCUGUUACACAGCCAACUUGAUAACCAUAACCUCAAAUACACUCCUCUUGAUAGUCCAUGUUCUGAAACUCCAUCUGAACCCUCAUCCGAACCUCCAUUCCCUAAAGAAAAUCGCAAGUCAAGGCAUGCAUGGUUACCAACAGAUGAUAUCAUGUUGGUCAGCGCUUGGCUCAACACUAGCAAGGAUCGGAUUACUUCCAACGAGCAAAGACGUGGAGCCUUUUGGGGGAGGAUUGCAGAUUACUUUGCAUCCUGUCCGAAUGCUGUUGGUCGGUCAAAGAGAGAGGCGAGUCACUGUCGACAAGAGGCAAGCACACCAAAAGUCACUCUUACUGUGUUUGUACAAGCACACCGUGUUUGUCAUUACCGUGUUUGUACAACUGAUGCGGUUGAUGAAUACCUCCGUCUUUCUGAAACCAUGGCGCUAUCAUGCUUGGAGAAUUUUAAAGAUUUAGUCAUAACUUUAUUUGGAGAUGAGUACUUGAGAAGACCCACACCAGUAGAUCUUCAACGACUACUCGACAUUGGCGAGUUUCGUGGAUUUCCCGGUAUGAUAGGAAGCAUCGAUUGUACAUUAAACGAUAUCAAUAUUCUUGAUCCAUCUCCAGUCUUUGAUGAUAUUUUGCAUGGUCGAGCUCCUAAAGUUAAAUACAGUGUCAACGGACAUGAGUAUAAAUUGGCUUACUACUUGACAGAUGGUACUUAUCCAAAAUGA